AUGAAAUCCCUGUCUUGGCAGGUGAUGGCUCUGAAAUCGCUUCUAUUCGGGAACAAUGGAGUGUUUGGACAUAUCCCAAAGCUGGCUAUAACAAGUGGCGCUGUCCAGCAAAAACGAACGAACUAUAAAUACGUUGGAAUGGUCGAGGAAACAGACGGUUCAUUCGCUAGUGAUCUCAACUAUGGACUUCAUACAUUGUUCUUCACUGAAAUGUUUCGAGGCUUUGGCGUAAUGCUGGGACACUUUUUUAUGGAACCUGCCACAAUCAACUACCCUUUUGAGAAAGGUCCUCUCAGCUCGCGAUUCAGGGGAGAGCACGCUCUUCGCCGUUACCCAUCAGGUGAAGAACGUUGUAUCGCUUGUAAGCUUUGUGAAGCCAUCUGUCCAGCCCAGGCAAUAACAAUCGAAGCAGAAACUCGCCCAGAUGGCAGUCGACGUACCACACGAUAUGACAUUGAUAUGACAAAGUAUGAAAAACUUUUGUCGAAUGGUGACCGUUGGGAACCGGAACUGGCCGCCAACAUACAAGCAGAAUUUCUAUAUAGAUGA